AUGGGGGAGCGCAGGGAGACGCGCCUGGCUACGGGAGUCCGUUGGAGCACGGCUGUGGCGGUGUUGCAGUGCGCUUUAUGGCUCAGAGCGUACCUUCUGCGCCCUGUGGGGCGCGACGCAGGCAACCGAGCCUUACGCAGUAUUGCAGUUCUCUUAGUUUUCCUCCUUGCAGGAGUAGAGAAGACAGUUAGUCAAGUUAGUCGUGGCACUCACCUUGAAGAAAAAACACAGUGGGAGCAUCCUAAAUCUGGAAAGAGGAAACGUGUUGCAGGAGGUCUGCCAUAUGGAUGGGAGCAGGAGACGGAUGAAAGUGGACAAGUCUAUUUCGUGGACCACAUAAACAAAAGGACUACCUACCUCGACCCAAGACUGGCAUUUACGGUUGAAGAUAAUCCAGUAAAACCUACUACUAGACAAAAAUACGAUGGAAACAGUACUGCGAUGGAAAUACUUCAGGGUCGUGACUUGAGUGGAAAAGUGGUUAUAAUCACUGGAGCAAAUUCAGGAAUAGGUUUUGAGACUGCAAAGUCUUUUGCACUGCAUGGGGCUUAUGUUAUCCUGGCCUGCAGAAAUAUGUCAAGAGGCAAUGAUGCUGUACAACGCAUUCUUAUGGAGUGGCAUAAAGCCAAGGUAGAAGCAAUGACCUUAGACCUUGCUUCUCUUCACAGUGUGCAGCACUUUGCUGAAGCAUUCAAGUCCAAGAAUGUGCCUCUUCACAUACUGAUCUGCAAUGCUGCCAUUUUUGGUGCUCCAUGGUGCUUGACAGAAGAUGACCUGGAGUCCACCUUCCAGGUGAAUCACUUGGGGCAUUUUUAUCUUGUCCAGCUCCUUGAAGAUGUUCUGCGCCGUUCAUCUCCUGCAAGAGUAGUUGUGGUAUCCUCAGAAUCACACAGAUUUACAGAUAUUAAAGACUCAUCUGGAAAACUUGAUUUCAGCCUGCUUUCUCCAUCUAAGGAGGAGUAUUGGGCUAUGCUGGCCUACAAUCGUUCCAAGCUUUGCAAUAUACUGUUCUCCAAUGAGCUGAACCGGCGCCUUUCUCCCCAUGGGGUGACGUCUAAUGCAGUCCAUCCUGGGAAUAUGAUGUACUCCUCGAUUCAUCGUAACUGGUGGGUGUAUACCCUGCUGUUUACCUUGGCUCGACCUUUCACCAAAUCCAUGAACCGAAUGCAGAAGGAGCUGUCGGCUCGCAGCGUCGGCCGUGCAGCCCACCGGAGAAGUCUGCACGGCUCUGCCAGUUGCACAGAAUGA